GCGGUCGGGGUCGAGGAAGGCCUCCUUUGGAGCUGUGGUCGCAAGGUCUCCAGCAUCUUACCCAAUCUCUUGGGGCCUCCCUUUCGCAAGAACGAGAUCACAGUACCGGCCUCACGGGGCUGUGGUGAGGAUAAGCCAACUCCUAGAAAUGCCCAGGAGGCCUCUCUACGCUUCACUCUGCCGAGCUCUGGUACCGCCACCGAGGGGCCUGCCAAGCAGGAGAACUUCAUCCUUGGCAGCUGUAGACCAGGUGAAGGGCGUGCUGACUCUGCAAGGGGACGCGCUGAGCCAGGCGGACGUGAACCUGAAGAUCCCGCGGAACAACCAGUUGCUGCACUUUGCCUUCCGAGAGGACAAGCAGUGGAAGCUGCAGCAGAUCCAGGAUGCCAGGAACCACGUAAGCCAGGCUAUGUACCUCCUUGCCAACCGGGAUGAAAGCUACCAGUUCAGGACAGGAGCAGAGGUCCUCAAGCUGAUGGAUGCUGUGAUGCUGCAGCUGACCAGAGCCCGCAACCGCCUCACCACCCCAGCCACCCUUACUCUGCCUGAGAUCGCUGCCAGUGGCCUCACGCGGAUGUUUGCCCCUGCCCUGCCCUCCGACCUGCUUGUCAACGUCUACAUCAACCUCAACAAGCUCUGCCUCACCGUGUACCAGCUGCACGCCCUGCAGCCCAAUUCCACCAAGAACUUCCGCCCAGCUGGAGGCGCCGUGCUCCACAGCCCUGGGGCCAUGUUUGAAUGGGGCUCCCAGCGUCUGGAGGUGAGCCACGUGCACAAGGUGGAGUGUGUGAUCCCAUGGCUCAACGACGCCCUAGUCUUCUUCACUGUCUCCCUGCAGCUCUGCCAGCAACUCAAGGAUAAGAUCUCUGUGUUCUCCAGCUACUGGAGCUACAGGCCUUUCUGAGCAGAACACCCAAGAGCCUGACCCCCAGGGAAAUGGCCCUUGUCUCCCUCCCCUGUCCCCCCAGGAAUGUUGGCCAGAGCCAGAACCGGGCAGCAUGGACUAUUUAUUUCCCUCUUUAUCCCAUCCUGUCCAUCACAUUUGCACAAAUGGAAAUGAACACUGGAAACGCUGAAAGACAGGGACGCUGGCUUGCUUUUCAUUUUGCAGGGGUGGGAGCGGGGGGUCAGGAAGGUGGGCGGUCAGGGAGGCAGAGCCCAGAGGUGGCCCACAUUCCAAACCCUGCCUUCCUUGCACAGUGGCAACCUUUGGACCCAGGGUGGGGCCAGGCCCAGGGCUCUCCUUCCCCAUCCUUUUUCUGCCUUCUGAGCUGCCCCAAGAUGAUGAGAGGCAGCCCGUGGAGGGUGAGGAGGGGAUGGUGGCCCUAAGCUGUGAGCCAGGAGGGCAGAUGGAAACCGCCCACCAUGAGCUGUGGCGCCCUCGCAUUUAUUUGCUCCGUGUCCCCGACAAGGCCUCCAGGAAAUAAAGAUCAUCUGACUUUA